AUGAACCAUCCCGAGUGCAUCUGUUUGGCGGUCAUGGAGGAGAUGUACUGGAAUAUUGGUGUCCGCUUCCCCAUGGUUGCAUUGACCCAUUGGUGGACUGUUUCCAACAUGGUGGACUUAAUGAUCUGCAAGUUGGUACAAAAGGAUGUGAAACGACCACGGACAGAAGAGCAAAUAAAUAGUAAAGAGUUAGAAUAUAAAAUUGCGAACCUGCUCAAAUUGGUUUCUAAAAACGACAGGAAAAUUCAAGUGCUGGAGUCCCAGUGUAAAGUGUCAUCGAAAACAACGAUACAAAAGGCCCCAUCUUCCCAUGCAGAAAAGACUAAGAGCAUUCCCCUCUCUGGUGGUCUUCAAAGCAAUAAGAACGUCCAAAAGCUGCCAGGACAAGUACAAGUGUCAUCGAAAAUAACGAUAGAAAAGGCCCCAUCUUCCAAUGCAGGAAGUAUCUGUUCGUCGCAUGAGGGAUAUGUCCAAGUGUCCAACAAACUGUGUCUGAAAUUUAGCGUGCGAGAUCCUAAGUCAUGGGACGAUAGCCGCAAAUCCUGCAAAAGAGACGGUGCAGACCUUCUAACCUUUUACGAGCGAAAAGAACAAAACGACGUGAUCACAUUUAUGGAGGCCAAGGACGUCGGAAAGUUAUUUUGGAUUGGUGUAAAGAGAAGCAGAAAACGUUUCAUCGCGAUUUCGGACAGCAUCUUCGUUGGAAUUUGGAGCCCGAACAGUCCAUCGUCUGUAACUUCUUUCAACUGUGUUAGUUUAAACAAAAGGGGAAUACGUAAUAAAUAUUGCGGACUUAAGUACGGCUACAUCUGCCAAAUAAGGCUGCCUACAACAGGUUAUGGCGAGUCUGAGUGAAGUGUAGCACUUUCCAUUGAAUAUUAACACUAACAAUAA